GCUGCGCGCAGCUCAGCUGUCAUUAGUAAUUAACUGUCAUUUUUAUUUGUCUGUGUCUAUGUGUAUUGUAUUUUGUUUAGUUACGAGAAGUAAUUUGAUAGUUUUCCUAAAAUAAAUCAAAUGAGUGCCGCUAAUACUAAAAUGGACUCAAACUUGACUGGUAUGUGGGUGAGCUUUUUCACGGCAGCAGGCAUACCCUCUGAUGUGUCUGCAACCUAUGCCCUGACCUUCACGGAGAACCGGAUUCAGAAUGACAUGCUGCUGGACCUCAACAAGGAGUACUUGAGAGAUAUGGGCAUCUCACGGAUGGGAGAUGUGAUAGCUAUAUUGAGGCACGCAAAGCAAGUGCACGAGAGCACAGCCCGCGACCGCGUGCUGAGCACGACGACGGCGGCGGCCAAGGUGCCCGUCGCCGCUGUCACUGGCCGCGCCACUGUCGCCUCACAGCCGUCUUCACCGGCCAGUCGUAUCCUGGAGCACUACACUCGCAACCCUCAGGUGCAGGAGCCGCCCAGCCCAGGGUCACAGCUCAAGAGGAAGUCUCUUGAAACUGGGAAUAACGACAUAAACUUAAAGAAGUCUCGACUCAUACGUUUCGCGGAGGCAUCGCAGCCGCAGAUCAAAGAAGCUUCAAAAACAGUGUUCGCGCGUCUCGGUAACUCUGAACCAGCGAAAGUUUCAAUGAAGGCUGCAGUCAAGCCGAUUUACGCCCGCCUCGGGAACAAAUCAGACAAGCAGGUCGCUGACGCUGUCAUCCCUAUAGACAAGGAUGCUCUCAAAUACGAAGGCAUCCUUAAAAGUAUGCCAGUCAAGAAAGUAUUUACUGUUACCACAUCACAAAACGACGUGCGUAAAAUAGCCGUUAACUGCACCAUGCGGGCUGAUGAAAAGCCAGUCAGCGUUAAAGCAAAGCUCGCCGUGCCAAAAAGCGUUAAAUUCUCCAACCACGUCCAGUACAAAGAAAUUGAGGGCAACAAGAAAGCAGCCUUGCAAAAGCAAGUCCAGAAACCAGUACAGAAGUUCACAACUGUGUUCAAUAAGCCUGAAAGGAGGUUGUCUAUGCCUGAAUCUGGUAAUGGCGUUAAGGGAAGGCUGGGUACCAAAGAUAAGAGCAACAACCUGACUAUCACGAGGAACGUGUUUAACAGAUUGGGUGUUUGAUGUUACGAUGACGUGUCCGUGCCUUGUGUCUUGCUAAUGACUAAUAUAACGUGAGUGCGAGCACUGCAAGCUGCCUGCAAGGAGGCAGGAGGUUGACUUGUUGAGUGAACAUUGACAAUUAGUUUGCACUUUGUGUUAGUGUGGGUAACAGUGUUGUGAAUAGUUUCGACAAGUGUCGUUGUUUGUGGAGUUUGCUAUUAAAACCAUUACUAUGAUCCAUCAGCCAACAGAUGUAUAAAAAAUGACCAAAUAAGGUAAUCAAACUUGAAAAUCUGAUUUAAUAGUUACAUUUUUAUUAUUUUAUUAAUUGAGACUGUAUUGUAUGUGCUGAAUAUACAUUUCAUAAAUAUCAGCGCCAAUAUCGAGAAGUGAUCUAAGUAUGAAUGAUUGUUUAUAGCUGUAAUCACAUAAAAGUGUACUAUGUAGUAUCUUUAGAAGAUAUAAAAAUCUGAAACAAUUGACGCCACAUAACGCCUUUGGUAUUAUCAGUAUAUAUAUGAUUAAUUAUUUUGUUGUAUGGCAUUGAAUGCCUUGUAUUUAUUCACAGCAGAAACUGGUACUGAGUAUAGUAGCACCAUAUUUUUAUGUAACGUAACGUAAGCGAAUUUGAUACCCGAGAAGGGUUAGCAAAUGUGUUUGUAAUUCUUGAAUUAAGACUUUAACAUACAGUAAUAAGAUCGGUAUUUCAUUGAUGGUUUUAGUCGCUAGGUUGUGCUUGACUUUACACAUAAUGAUAACCGAUGUUACUUAUAAAUAUGGUACUACUAAACAUUUCAUGAUAAAGCAAUUUAGGUGCAACAUACGUGACUAAAUUAAGGUUUAAGAAAAUAAAAUAGUUUUUAAGAAUCUCUAAUAUCUUUUUACAGUACUGUAUAAAAUUGUCUACAUUAAACAAUGAAGGGAAAAACGGGUCAGACAUUUAAUUGUUGCAUGAAAAUAUUGUCGAAUUAAUGUUAAAACCUGUUACAUCACCUGGGCCACAAUUUUGCUAUUUACAAAGGCCGAUGACUGAAUGGAAAAAGAAUCAAAAUGACACUAUUUGUAUUCUCCUAAGCUUAUUUUUCCAACACAUAUUUGGGCAUUCAGUAUGGGGUAAAAUACUCACGGUCAAUACAUUGAAUUUCCAAUGUAAUGUGUCGGCAAAAUGCUUUGGUGAAUACGAAUUAUGCCAAUUUUAAUCCAAUAGCAAUACACUUAUCGGGCAUUGUAAAUAGCGGAAUUGGUUAUUGGCGCCCUGGUAAAGCAGUCAAGACUGUACUUUUUCUGUAAUGUUUUAAAUAUAAUAAAUAAGUUUCGAUAUAGCGUUGUUAUGACUUCAUAAUUAUCAUAUUCAUCUAUUUUUUAGCGUAUUAGUGAGUCUAGUUCUAUUAAUAUGUUCUUUAUAAUGUAUUGUCGCCCGUUUUCCCUAUUUCUAAACACAAAGACCUCUUCCUAUAUUAUAGUUAGCACUAGGGAUGACCAUUAGGUGCUACAAUAGUGAGGUUUAAUGAUACAACCGCGUUAGACACAGAGACAAGUAAAUUAAAGCGUUUUAAAACAUUAUUUUAAUUUUAUUAAUUAUUAUGAUAUGUGUGUCAUUAUGAUUAAGUAUGAUAUGUGCUUAUUCUGUGUCUGACGCGAAAACAAGAAAGGAUUUUAACUUUUUUAUCAUAUGAUUAAAAUUUAAUAUUACGCGUACAUUAUUGAAUUGUAAGGUAACACAUAUUAUUGAAGUUAGUUGAAAAUUGGAGAAUAGGAGGAGGAUAAGGUAUAUUCGACCGUCUUGUUACGCCAUCACUAGUUCCAUUACUUUUAUCAGUAAACAUAAUUAUUAUAAUAUUUUGGAAAGUCAUACAAGUUUGCCGAAAUAAUAGAUUUAUAAGAAAAUCAAAAUCGUGAUGGAUCUCUUCCUUUUUAUCAGUUUUAUGUUAUGACAUAAAUUAAGUCUCGUUGACUGUACCUGUAUUUUCAAUAUGUGUGGACAUUGUUGACAUUUUAUGGCUUCCUUUUAAAUUUAUUAGUAAAACAUUUACUAUCAACCAUUUUCUUGUAUAUAUUUUGUUUAAUAAACGCAAUUCUUGAUAUUUAAA